GAGUCAAGAUGGAGCAGUUCCAGGCGGAGCGCGAGGAGGUGCUGCUGCUGCUGGAGCGAGUGAGUGACGCGCAGCGGCUGGCGGCCAUGCAGAUGAAGGAGGCGGAUGCGGGGAAGAAGGGAAAGCGGAAAGGGGAGGACGGGGACGAUGAGGGAGGAGCGGAUCAGGGCGACAACGGGGAGGUCCUCGGGGAUUAUGAGAUGUUGAGAGAUCCCAAGGAAACGACAGCCCCCUGGCAGGCGGGACAGAAUGACGGCAGCCUGCAGGUUGGAGGCUCCCUGGCGCAGUCCGGACUUUGCAGCCCGCCUAGUAGCUCGUUUCGCACCAGCUACCGACCUCGGACAUCCGGGUUUCUGAGCUUCAGUCGGGCACCGGACAAAACUCGAGGGUAUCGCCCACUUGUCUCGGCCAGUGGCAGCGGCGGCGGUGUAGCUGUCGCAGCCGGGCCCUCGCCCUCCGUGCCCAUUCCCGAGCCGCCCCUCACGCCCCAGCCUACCCGUCACCACCACCUUCGAACCCCCUACCCGCGCUUCUCCCGCCUUGGAGCUUCGCUAGACUCCGCAACCGCCAACCAACUCCUGUCUAUCGCCCAGUCGCACAUCAACGAUGCCGCCGCUGACCCAGAUCAGCGGCGCCAACCGCCAGCGUCGGCGUCCCAGCCUCGGGCCAACCAGUCUUCAGACCCCGGUGGCGCGGCGGCAUCCGGGGGAGCCGCGGGUGCUGUCGCAGGCGGAUCAGAGGCCGCCGCCAAACCGGGCAGCAGCGGCCGGACGACACCGCCGCCGCCUCCACCGCCGGCAUCGCCUAGUCGGUCGACGGGCUCGGGCGGCUCCGCCGCUGCCACGGCCGGCUACAGCGGCGGCGGGGGCAGUAGCACGUCGGCGCUCCCUAGCACCGCCAAGGUGGCGAGCACCAUGGGCAUCAACGUACCUGCGGAGAACCUGCGGGCCAGCGAGAGGCCCGCCAUGGGCGUGUCGACCCGGGGUCCGGGCCAUAUCAUCCAGGUUGGUGGGGCGCGAGGGGGACGGGGGGGAAUUGGGGAACAGGGAAUUCGGGAGCACGCGACUCGGAUGGAGAUCCGCAGAGUCUAUGGGAGAGCUUGCAGACAAUCCGGGUGGGUUCCCCUGGGUGUCCCCUCCCCCCGGUCGCAUCAAGCUCAGGUGGCGAUGUUUAAGGCCACACGGGGCCAUGCACUCAUGGUUUUCAACGAACUGGACAGCGACAAGAAUGGCAAGGUCACGCGAAGCGAGUUCGAGGCGGCGGCGCUGUCCCUGGGUUUUUCGCUGGAGCAGGCCCAGCGCUUCUGGGAGAGGCUGGACCGGCGUCACCGCGGUUUCCUCGAGGCUCUGGACUGGGGCACCAAGGACGCCUUCCAGCAGAUCCAGCUCUUCUCCACGCGGUACAUGCAGAAGUACAUGGGUGUACCGGACGUGUCCUCCUCGCCGGAGCAGGUCCGCAAGUACAACCGUAAUCAGGAGCUGAUGCAGGUCAAGUCACUGGCGGCUGCCGUGAACAUGGUGCGUGCCAACGCGGUGGCGCGAGGCGUACGGCUCUCGGGAUCCAGCGGCAACGCCAUCUUUGACACCUUUCGGUUCAUGGACGUGGACGGAAGCGGUGUGUUGAGCAAGGAGGAGAUCCGGGACGCGUUUUUCGCACUGGGGGUGUUCCUGGCAGAGCCGGUUGCCGAGCAGAUCAUGCAGCUUUUUGACAAGAACGGGAACGGCACCGUGCAAUACCACGAGUUCGAGGCAGCCAUGUUCCCGCCGUCGCGAGGGACCUAG